AUGGAAUAAAAACCGAAGCUUACAUUUGGAGAAAUAAAUUCUAAGAAUUUAGAGCUAUUUAAAAUCAUAACUUAAAAGACAUUGCCAGUAACUUACAGCGAUAAUUUUUAUCAUAGGAUUCUCACUUAUUAAGACUUUUCUGCAUUAGGUAAAUAUUUCCCUCAAUACAGGAUAUUAUAAUGAUAUUGCAGUUGGAGCUAUUACAGCAAGAAUAGAAGACCAGGAUAAUGUUAAAACCGCAUAUAUAAUGACAUUUGGUGUGUUAGAUACAUAUCGACGAUUGGGAUUUGGCUCACAGCUAUUAAAUGAACUUAUCAAUAGAAUUAAGUCUUAUAAAGAGAUUAGAAGAAUCUACCUGCAUAUGUGGUCCAAUAAUGAUGUUGGUUUCUAAUUUUACUCAAGUCAUGGAUUCGAAAAGACUAAAUUCAUGAGAAAUUAUUAUACAGAUAUUGAGCCUCCUCAUUGUUAUAUUCUAACCAAAAGGCUAUAUCCUGAUGAAGAUCCUCCUAUUUAAUACGUAGAGUAAGAUGCGAUAACAGAACAAACUCAAAGGGAAGAAUGA